AUGUUUUCGCUGUCUUCGUCGUUUCAGCCUCAGCAGAUGAUAGUGCCUCUCAGCCAGCUCAUCAAUGCCCUCCACUCUCUGAAGAACUCAGCCACAGCUUCAAUCCAGACCCUUCACAAAGACUUCAAUCCAGAGCACAGUGCGUUUGUAAAAGAGCCCAGUGUGAGUCUGAAGGAUCUGGGCCUGUCAGAGCUCAGGGUGAGUCAACUGGAUGAGUUGGUCAGCAGGUUAUUGCCUAUCCCGGGACCAGAAGAGCCUCCCGCUGUUCCUUCGAUAUGGAGGACAAGCCACGUUUCCGCAGACAGCUUCUUUCACAACAAGCACGGGUUUUCACACAGGAAUUUUGGGCGUUUUGGCUCAUCAUUACUCAACAGACAAUACCACAGCCCGCUAAGAGAAGCUUGCUCAGAGCUGCAGUUUUUGCCUGUAUGGUUCCAGAGUCGCGGUUUCAAGACACUUAGAUCAAAAACCAGACGGACGGAGUCUGGUUAUGACGAUCCGGUGGAAUCCGAACCUUACACACCAUCCUUCAUGAAGGGGUUGCUCUUGAAAGAAAAAGGACUUGAGGCGCAGUCAGUGGACCAAGUGAUGCAGCAGAAAAACCUUCCAGAAAACCAGCACGAGGCUUUCAAGACGGGUUUCACUGAGGGCUUCAUGAGGUCUCAAGCUUUGACUCAGAGAACACAAGACUCACUGAGGAGAACCAGGUUGGUCCUCUUGGUCCUCCUCCUUAUCGGUAUUUAUGGCCUGUCAAGAACCCCUUUUCUCUCCGGUAAAGGCCCCUUUUCUGAUGCUGUGAGAUUCCGCACCACAUCCGGUCUUGACUCUGCAGUCGACCCCAUCCAAAUGAAGAAUGUGACAUUUGAACAUGUCAAAGGAGUGGAGGAGGCAAAGAGUGAACUGCAAGAUGUUGUUGAGUUUCUCAAGAACCCACAGAAGUUUACUGUCUUGGGUGGAAAGCUGCCUAAAGGGAUCCUUCUUGUUGGUCCACCAGGCACAGGAAAGACUCUGUUAGCACGAGCCGUGGCCGGGGAGGCCGAUGUUCCUUUUUACUAUGCAUCCGGAUCAGAGUUCGAUGAGAUGUUUGUGGGCGUUGGUGCGAGCCGAAUCAGGAACCUUUUCAAAGAGGCAAAAGCCAGUGCUCCCUGUGUCAUCUUUAUUGAUGAGCUCGACAGCGUGGGUGGAAAGAGAAUUGAGUCCCCUAUGCAUCCUUACUCCAGACAAACCAUCAACCAGCUACUGGCUGAAAUGGAUGGAUUUAAACCAAAUGAAGGCGUCAUUGUUAUUGGUGCUACAAACUUUGCUGAAGCUUUGGAUAAUGCUCUGGUUCGGCCAGGGAGGUUUGACAUGCAGGUGACGGUCCCUCGUCCAGAUGUGAGAGGGCGUACAGAGAUUCUCAACUGGUACCUCUCCAAGAUCAAAGUAGACCCAGCCGUUGAUGCGGAGAUUAUUGCCCGGGGCACAGUGGGCUUCUCAGGAGCAGAGCUCGAGAACCUGGUCAACCAGGCAGCCCUGAAGGCAGCAGUGGACGGGAAAGAGAUGGUCACAAUGAAGGACCUGGAGUUUGCUAAGGACAAGAUCCUCAUGGGUCCCGAGAGGCGGAGUGUUGAAAUUGACAAGAAGAAUAAGACCAUUACUGCAUACCAUGAGUCCGGCCACGCCAUUGUUGCCUAUUACACAAAAGAUGCAAUGCCCAUCAAUAAGGCAACUAUCAUGCCUCGAGGACCAACUCUGGGCCAUGUGUCAAUGCUUCCGGAGAAUGACCGCUGGAGUGAGACACGAGCCCAGCUGCUGGCUCAGAUGGAUGUCAGUAUGGGCGGUCGAGUAGCAGAGGAGCUCAUCUUUGGGAACGACAACAUCACCACAGGUGCCUCCAGCGACUUUGAUGGUGCAACCAAAAUUGCAAAAAUGAUGGUAACUAGAUUCGGCAUGAGUGACAAGCUCGGUGUCAUGACCUAUGGAGACGUUUCCAAGCAGAGCCCCGAGACACAAGCAGCCAUUGAACAGGAAGUCAGAGCUUUACUAAAGGACUCAUAUGAACGUGCUAAGAACAUCCUCAAGACUUACAGUCAGGAGCACAAGAAGCUGGCUGAUGCCCUCCUAACACAUGAAACUCUGGAUGCCAAAGAGAUCCAGAUGGUGCUGGAGGGCAAAUCACUGGACCACUAGAAACCUCAGCAGACAUUUUAGACUCUUGAUUUAUGUGUGUAUAUUUAUGCAACUGUGCAAUCAAGCACAAGCCUUUGGGAGGCCUUGUUCUGUUUGUAUUCCUUUUAUUGUCAGUGUGAAGACGACACUGUUUCAAUCUUGUUUCAAUCCUUGGAUAUGUCUCAUGACUGAUUUUUCUUUAGUGAGUUUUAAAGCAUCUCAGUUUAACCGUGUUAAACUGAGUACUUGUGCUCCCCCAAAAAUUCACAAAGAUGUUUUCAUUCAGGGCUUUUUGUUCUGAAUCCACACAAAGGGGGACCUCAGCAGCAGUUUUAUACAUCGAGAUAUUUGGUAUCAUAUAAAUUUGGUUAGUGUCAGAUUCUUCUGACAUGUUUGAACUGGCCAGUGAACACCAUCGGACCUUAAAAGUACCUCAAGCUAGAAUGUACCAUUUGGCUGUGACCAGACACAAUGAUCCUGCUGUUCAUUGUUGAACUCCUCAUAUUAAGAGUUUUUUUUUUUUUUUUCCCCUAUGAUUGCAUUUACUAUACGCAUAUGUUUUCUUUGUUAUUUAUUUAAGUGCCCAAAGGUAAAUCCUCCUUUUCUUUAAACUAGUGAUCGGUCCUCACGUCCUAUUGUGUGUGUGCAGUUGUGACUGAUAAAUGAGGAGUUGUGUAUAUACUGUAAGUGUGUAAAAGAAGUGACUCGGUGCUUCUGUCAGUUCCUUUAGAUUAAGGCCAUCAUGAAGCUCAAAUAAAGAUUUGCUUACAAAUCUG